ACCUCACUCUACCAAGUCAGCCAGCCACUUUCAGGAACACGGUAUGGGCGAGGUGGUCGAGCACGCGCCGGGCACCAUGGCCUAUCUGGUUGACGAGCUGCUGGGCCGGACGGGCACGGCGGGAGGCUGCAACGAGGCUGGCGAUGGGGUAGCGGUGGGCGAUGAGUUCAUCGCAAGCACAGGCACUUCAGUGGGACUUGCAGCGGGUGCUGCGGCGGAUGGGGGAGGCGGCGAGGCCUCCAGCAACGGGCUCGGAGGCGGGUCGGGCGAGGUGCUCAAGGGCUUUAUCCGCGAGACGCAUCUGCGGGCCGACGGGACCAUCGACGUGGUGACUAAGCCGCACGCCUCGCCGCCACGGGCGUCGCCGGAGCCCGGCUUGAUGGCGGCGUCGCGGCCGGCACUGGUUGUUGUUGAUGUGCAGAACGACUUUCUGCCCGGCGGCGCGCUGGGCGUGCCUGACGGCAACGCCGUGGUUCCGGUCAUCAACGCACUGCGCGAGGCCAUCGACUUUGACGCCGUCGUCCUCACCCAGGACUGGCACCCGGAAGGCCACGUCUCGUUCAAGUCGGCCUCUGCCGACGGAACAUGGCCCGAUCACUGCGUGGCCAACACCCAGGGCGCUCGGCUGGCGUCGGCGCUCAACGUCGCCUCGUCCGACUACAUCAUCCGCAAGGGCACCGACGUCCAAGUCGACGCCUAUUCGGGCUUUGGGCCGCCGAUGCCGCACCCGCCGACCGAGCUCGAGGAACUCCUCCGCGCCCACAACUCGGAUGUGGUUGUUGUUGUCGGCCUCGCUCUCGACUACUGCGUCCGUGCCACUGCGCUCGACGCCCAUGCCCUCGGCUUUACCGUUUACGUCGUCAGCGACGCCGUCCGCCCGGUCACCCCGGCCGGUGGCGACGAUGCCAAACUUGACCUUGUCGAUGCCGGCGUCAAGCUUGUUACUUCCCAGCGGCUCAUGGCCGCGCUUGGCCAGUAGGCCGCUGUUUUCAGUGAUGGUAAAGAGGCGCAAGC